AUGGCCGACAAUACCCCAACGUCAGAGGGCAACAUUAUCCCUGACAGCAGCUCGAUGAACGACAGCAAUGCCAUGUUUGGUGACUUUUUUGAGCUCGACCUCCUCGACCCUGCUGAUUCCAACUCGGACCUGUUCUCGUUCCUCCUCAACAACGAAGACUUCAACGCCGUGACCAACAGCCCCUCAAGCCUCUCCACCGACUCGCUCCUCGACCUCUCGACCCUCGACGGCCUUAACAACCUCGAGAACCUGCCUUUGCUGCAGAGCUUCCCAAGCCAAGAGAACACCCCAGCAAAAGAGUCACUCCAGGCAGAGGAACAAGACCUCCGCUUCUUGCUUGCCCAUAACCUGCAGCAACAGCAAGAACAACAGGCCCAGGUACAGGCGCAAGUCACCUCGACCACUGCCUCUAUCGACAACAGCUCCUUAGUUGCCGAGCUGACCACCCCUGCCGGGCUCACUGCCUCUCCUCAGAACCUUGCUACCCCUGCUGCGUCCCCUGCCACCCCCACCAUAAAGGCCCCCGAGGCAUCCAUCUCGGCCGCCGCUGCUACUGCGCAAAUCGCCAUUCUUCUGGACUCUUCAAAAUCAACCGCAGUUGCCGCUGCUGCGCCCACACCAUCAGCACCAGCAUCUAUUAAGGCACCUACAACGGCAUCAUUGCCAACACUCUCACAGACACCGUCCCCAAAGAAGCGAUCUAGCCCAGAGCCAUCAGCAGCCUCACGGAAGAAGGCCAAGGUCGAGGCUUCACCAGCCCCUGCACUCACACCCAUCAGCGCCAAGGCACCUCCAACAUUGGCUAGUUUAACCUCGACCACCAACACCACCCUUUCGGCAGCAACCCUUCAGUUCUUGCUUCAGCAGCAGAUGCAGACUCCAUUGGUCCCUCAACUGUUCACUGGAAAGCUUACACGGGAGGAAAUCGAGGAGACUCUGGCCCGUUUGUUGGAGUCGACCAAGUAUUUGAUUGAGGCAACCAAGGAAGCUGAGGAUAAGGACGAGAACAUGGACUCGGACGGAGAGGAAUCGGAUUCCGCAGAGAGUAGCGAACCAGGACAGACACACGGUCUCAAGACCCAACCCGGCAUCAAGACCGACGACAUUCCCUCCUCGAGGGACUUGAAAAAGAUGACCUCAAAGGAACGGCGACAACUCCGCAACAAGAUCUCUGCCAGGAACUUCCGUGUCCGGAGAAAGGAAUACAUCAGCACAUUGGAAGGGCAGGUUGAGCAGCACAAGACAGAGGCACGGCAUUUGCGGGAGGCAGUGACCUUUAUUCAGGCAGAGAAUCAGCGACUCAAGGAAGAACUGGAGGCGAGCAAGCGUCAAUUGGCCCAGGCGACCAUCACCCGCGCAGCAUCGACGGCUACUCCUCAGCAACUCUUGUUGUCUCCCUCACCAUCUCUUUCGAGCGAGAGCCAAUCACUGUUGACGUCGCUCCUCACCCGUAAUGCCAUCAAUCCCAACGCCAGCAACGCCAAGAACAUCACAUUAACCAUGCCUCGACCCCAGUCACCCAUCUUCAAGCCUAACUUGAACAAGGAUGUUCCCAACUCGUCCUCUGUCAGCGGCAAGUCCUGGAAAGACGAGAGUCCCGUCUUUAUUCAUACCACGCUCAUCCCCGAGAUUCGUCUGGCUGAGAAUCUUCAGUUUGGUCCCAAGCCUCUCGGAUCUAAGGAGGACGACAUGUCAGAUCGGCCUUGGAUGUGCAUGGAGUCACCCUCCAAGAAGCCCUCGACACUGGAGAAGAACCCCUUGCUGAUGUCCGGUGUCAUCUAUGAGCUCAUGCAGACCAUUGCAUCUACCGGUCUCAGCAACGCAGAGCUGACCCUAAACAAGCCGGAUUCGACAACAACAGCGACUGCAACUCAGGAGGAAGAGAGCAAGGCAAUGACCCAGGACUAUGAGAGCGACAGGCGAAUGGGUGAGGCCCUUGAAUGGAAGAUGCAGAUGGACCUUAUAAAGGAGGUACAGGCAGUGCAGGCUCUGGCAGCCCGUCGCCUGGAUGUCGAUCAGGAUAUCGACAAUGAAUUGUCUCAAGAGGACCUCAUGCGCAUGUUUGCUCAUUUGAACGGCGCCACAGCCGCCUCUGCCGUUAACACGCCAACAGUGGAGGACCCCAACAUGAUGGAAUGGCUUUAUGAGUCGAUGAUGGCUGGCCUUGUCGAACUUGACUUGCAGAGCAUCCAGGACCGACAGACCUUCCUGCCCUUCUCUGAAGUCCAGUACGCCUAA